CAUUUUAGUGUGCUUUCCAUACCGCAUAAACCACACGACUAUAUCGACUGACUAUUCAUAUCGAGUUGUAUUUUGGGAUCAAUUAGUUGAUUAGCAUAUUAUCUGUUAAUUGCAAUUAAAACCGAUUGUCAAUGGAUUGCAAAAUGAGAUCCAUUUUGGUACUAGCACUUAUUAUCACACCAUUAUUACUGGGUAUCACCUGUAAUACUAUCGCACCCUAUCAACCGUCAACUACAGCACCACCAACUUAUGGUCCGACACGUGGCACCGAUUAUAACAAAGUGGUGGAUAUGAUGGAGGCGAUGAUGUCGUGGCUGAGCCACUGGGUCAUCGUCUUCUACGUGACCUGUCUGGUGGUUAUCAUCCUAUUUGUGGUCAUCCACUGUCUCCACAAUCCGCAUCUCAUGGAAAACCUGUUGCGCACAGUUAUGCCAAGUACAAUGAAUCGGGCCAAUAAUGUUAUUUAA